AUGGGCUCUAACGGCAGUACUAUUAAUGGCCAGAAAUCAACAUUCAAUCGAAUCACGGAAUCAUCCGAACCACCAAGCAUUCUCGUAACUCAACUUCCAUCUGACAUCUCGGCUCCAAGAUCUUAUCAGCAGAUUUGUUUUGAUAAAUACAUCUGGACCGCCCUAAAACUGCUUUACACCGAACCAAUAAAAAUCCUGGUAUUCAAUCUGGCUCAAAAAAAUGGUCGCCUACCCCCUGGAAUCGAAAUCCCAAAUCUCGACACCCGUUCCGUUAAGGAUGUUUACGCGGCCAUAAGAGCGACUCGGAAGGAACACGCAGAUGAUUUAAAUGACGUCGCCAAAGCAAUAGAGAAGAUACGCAAACACGUUCAGACUCAACUGCUGAGCGAGAACGUCGUGCAAUUUACUCCUGAAAUGGUCGAUGCAGGUAUUCCCAGACUCCUGGAUGAGUACCGUUAUAUUAUGUCUGGUGCCGAUUCAAAGAUUCUUGAUCCCGUGGAUGUUACUUGCGGGGCUGUUAGAAAGUGUGAGAAUGAGCAGUCGUGUCCUGUUUCUUCGUAUUCAGUUUAUGAUGUCGAACGCUGCGAAGAUGAAGAGUUUGAGUACUUUGUCAACGCACUCGAAGAGCAGCUGGUGCGUACUUGCAAAACCUUUCUUAAGGCGUUAGAUCCGGGGUUUGAUAUUCUCACAAUGAGUGAUGCAGCCGAUGGAUUCCUUCUUGUGGAUAGAGUGUCUAAAGUCACGGAAGAAGGGGGCGGGGAGACGAUGGUGUUGGAUGUCGGAAUACUAGCCCGUUUCGAUCUUUUUGGGUUUUCGUCUUUGGAUUCGGUGUGUUAG